UUAACGAUCAUUUUGAGGGCAUCCUCAAUGGGCUUUUGGCAAAUUCUAGAGAAGGUAAUGCUGCAGCGAGAAAAAACGCUUACUACUUAUUUUGUGCUGCUACCAAGUAAGAAUUCAUUAUAUCUGCUGGAUUGAUAGAAAAAUACUCAGGAAUAUUGGAACCUGUUGCCAAUGCCCUAUAAUCAAAGACAAUAGACAUGUAUAUAUGAAAGAAGUAUCUCAGUAACGCGGACCAGGAAUUCCAAUAUGUCUUCGACACUUCUAUGGAAAGUGCAGCUGUCAUUGGAACCGAUUUACAUAUCCCGCGCAUUGCAUUUCGCCAACAUCCUGCUGAGACUCCAUGCGAUUUUUGGAAGCGAUCGAUCUUCAUCCCGUAUUUGGAUUCCCUUAUAUCCGUACUGAACUUUGCGGUGUUGUUAGAGAAGGCGGACAACAUUCUUUCCUCCAACCAGAAAACCUAUACUAAUUUCUUUGGCACUGUCUUGCACCACGAGCAAUGUAGAGAAGUACUUCUUUACACUGCGGUUUAGUCAAAACGUGGUUGAGGUCGAC